UAAUAACAUAUUUUGAAGUAUCCCAACAAUCCGCAGCGCCGUUCAGUCGACAGACGGCGUGCGUAGGAAUAUUCACCGUGACGCAAUAAGAAUUCGUCCUUUCCGUCGCGCUACUGUGAGUGGAACAUGUCGUAUACCUCUGAAAAAAGAAACGACGAUCAAUGGUCGGCCGACUCUAAAAAUGGUCCGAGCGAGAGCGAACAGCCUGCCUAUGACGGACCUCCAGGAAUGGACCCCGAUGGUGUCAUCGAGUCCAACUGGGAAGUCGUUGUCGACAACUUCGAUGACAUGAACUUGAAAGAAGAGCUUUUGCGUGGUAUUUAUGCAUAUGGUUUUGAGAAGCCAUCAGCUAUCCAACAACGUGCUAUCCUUCCUUGUGUCAAAGGUCAUGAUGUCAUUGCUCAAGCCCAGUCUGGUACUGGUAAAACAGCAACAUUCUCCAUUUCUAUCCUGCAGCAAAUAGACACCAGUAUUCGUGAAUGCCAGGCUUUGAUUUUGGCACCAACUCGUGAGUUAGCUCAACAGAUUCAAAAGGUAGUUAUUGCCCUGGGAGAUUUCAUGCAGGCACAAUGCCACGCUUGUAUUGGAGGAACAAACGUUCGCGAUGACAUGCGAAAAUUGGAGGCGGGCAUACACGUUGUUGUUGGUACUCCUGGCCGCGUUUACGACAUGAUCAGUCGACAUUCAUUACGUGCAUCCAGCAUCAAGCUUUUCGUAUUGGAUGAAGCCGACGAGAUGCUUUCCCGUGGUUUCAAAGAUCAAAUUCACGAUGUAUUCAAACUACUCCCUGCCGAAGUUCAGGUGAUAUUGCUUUCGGCUACGAUGCCUGCUGAUGUGCUCGACGUGUCAAAAUGUUUCAUGAGAAGUCCAAUUCGUAUUUUGGUGAAGAAAGAGGAGUUGACCCUCGAGGGUAUAAAGCAGUUCUUCGUUUACGUUGAACGAGAGGAUUGGAAAUUGGAAACUCUUUGCGACUUGUACGACACGCUGAGUAUCACUCAGGCGGUUAUUUUCUGCAACACGCGGCGCAAGGUAGACUGGCUUACCGACAACAUGCAUCACCGUGAUUUCACCGUAUCAGCUAUGCACGGGGAUAUGGAACAAAAGGAACGCGAUGUCAUUAUGAGACAAUUCCGUACUGGUUCUUCCAGAGUUCUCAUCACCACCGAUUUACUAGCUCGUGGUAUUGACGUCCAACAAGUUUCGCUUGUCAUUAACUACGAUCUACCUUCCAACCGAGAAAACUAUAUUCACAGAAUUGGACGCGGUGGACGAUUUGGUCGUAAGGGAGUAGCCAUUAACUUUGUCACUGAGGACGACAAGCGUACCCUCAAGGAUAUCGAGCAAUUCUACAACACCCGCAUUGAGGAGAUGCCAAUGAACGUUGCAGAUUUGAUCUAAUCAAAAAGAAAGAAAAAAAAAAUCCAGAACAAAAAACAAACAGCAAAAAAAAAAAUCUGAAUCUAUUGGCUAUAAUAAUAAUUCAUUAUAAUAACAAAUAAAAAGUGGCAAAAUAAGAGCUCUCAACUAA